AUUGUACCGGAAUUGGCGGACAAGAAGUCCGCAAAGUGGGUACUUCAGCCGGCCCCAGAAUCAGAUGCUGAAGGACAUUAAACAGCAUUCACAGCUACCUUGCACACAUUCUCUUCGACAACUUGGGAAGCCAUGGCGGCCGCCAGUGCUCAGCGGCUGGUCUCUGGGCUAGCUGUACCUUCCUCCUUUUCAAGGGGGAGAAUUACAGAAGCCCAGCAACUGCCAUGUUCUGCGCAGAGGAUAGUUCCUCACGAUUCGGUCGUAGGCUUGGGCGCCUCUGAAGGGUUGGGUUCGUGGAAGUCGACCAGGAGGCGGGCUGGCGUGAGGUGCUCCGCCGCAGGUUUUAAGGGUUUUGAGAGUUUACAGGCGAUCCCCACGCUGCCCUUGGGUACAUUCCUCGGAGACUUGAGGGAAAACAACAAAGAUGUGAAGUGGGCCCUCGAUUACUGGGAUAUGGAGCUGGAGGACGGGUACAAGUCCCUUGAUGAAUGGAAGGCACAGCUUGCAAACCUGAGACAGGGCAACCCCACCAUCAAGUGGGCGUUCGAUUACUGGGAUAAGGAGUUGGAGGACGGUUACAAGUCUCUGGACGACUGGGGCGCGCAGCUGGCAGACAUCCAGUCGGGGACGUGGUUAAGCAAACUGCGGGCGGACAACCCCGAUGUGAAGUGGGCCCUGGACUACUGGGACCAGGAGCUCAUCGACGGGUACAAGUCUUUAGACGAGUGGAAGGCCCAAGCGGGGGACAUUGGGAAUGCCCUCAGCGCAAACCCACUGUAUGUCGCCGUAGGGGUUGCGGCAGUUUCCAUCCCUAUCCUUCUGUUUUUGAGCAUGAAUAAGGGGUAUGCUGGGAACUUGAGUGCCAGCGAGGCCUUUGCGAGGUUGAAUAAAGAGGACGGAGCGGUCCUCGUAGAUAUCAGGAGCAAGGAUGAGAAUGCUAAGGAGGGGAGCCCGAAGCUUGGUCGGAAGGUGUUGUCGGUUGCUAUGGAGUCUGAUGCGGGACUGGGGGCUGAGGAAGAGCUGCGGACAGCGGUAAAGGGCAGGGCGUUGGACCAGGGCGCCCUUAUUGUGCUUCUGGACAGCGCGGGCUCGUCAGCCGCCCAGGCAGCAAAGAUCCUCUCUAAGGAAGGCUACAGCCGCGUGUUUGUCGUGAACGGAGGAGCGCAAGGGCCGCAAGGGUGGAGGGAGAGCCAGCUUCCUUGGAGAACCCCACAGACGUUCACUCUAGAUCUGGGCGAGAUCAAGGACGCUGUCACAAGCACGAUUCAGACUGAUUCUUGAGAAGCCGUCUGCUGACAAGGGUGGUCCCAAGCUCACUAGACACAGAUAGGAACACACCAUAGAGUAGAGGGAGGAUGCCACUGAGGCUGUAGUCGUAGCGACGCAACAUGUGUCAAGUAGUAACCAUAGCAGAUGCCCGGUGCAUAAGGUAUGGUCGUGGUGAAAUUAGCGCGCAGUUUAGGAGGCCUCUCAAGGUGAUUGAAGGAAGCCGACUGAAGACGCUGCUUGCUGCACACAUUGUGCGAUUCGCUGUGUACAAUGUCGCCCCUACAGGGCAUUGUAAACGCUGUUGUAGGAUUGUCUGGCAACAUCCACUCCUUCUGAAGACAAUACAACCCUGUCCUCUGGUUUGUUCUCCUUUUCAAGAACAAACGUUGACAAGUUACUGUGGUUCCAUCGGCCUUGCUGAUGUUCUCUUUGUACAGUCUGCUUGGUACAGCUACCUAGAUAGUUUGUCUUUAGGCUCCAUUCAUCAUAGCUGUCUUGCUUUACCAGAUUGUUGUAAAGGAUUGUGAAGAAUUAGGC